CCUGGAAGUGGAAGAAGAAGUCUCCUCUCCUCAGUCAGUCAGCCGCCGGCGCCGCCUCCUGUCCGCUCCGCUGCGGAGGACCGAGGACAUAGACUCACUGUGAGGGGACUUCUGCAAGGGGACACCGGGAAGGGCUACGGAUAGGAGUGUAACCUGCCACUGCUGCUGAGCCCCUCUGGAGAUCCGUCCAGGUUUUUUCUACUCCUAUGAGGACUCGUUCAGGAACCAUCAACACACUGUAGAGGCUGCUAUGUCGUACUGAACCCACAGAUCUUCCUGCAGCCAUGGCCCAACAGAGCGCUGAGCUGUCCCACUGCUAGGCAACGGGGCAUCCGAGAGGGCAGAAGACAUGUUGGGACAGAGGCCCGGGGACCACUGCACUGAAUUCUGUUACUAUAGCAACUACUGUAGUAACCAUGGAAACGCUAUGGAGGACUGGUCUGGUCUGCACUGUCAUCGUCGUCAUGGUUGCCACAGAGGUCGAAGGAGGUCACAGAGAUGAGUUCGCCCAGUCACAAGCUGCCUUCCUGUCCAGUCUAGGCCAGUAUGAGAUUGCCAUCCCAGUACGUGUAGGACCUAAUGGUGAGACGCUGGACGCAGAAACGCCGCAACGCCACAGAAGAAGAAGACGCAGCACUGAAGACAGACCGCCCGACUCUCUCUUCUACCAGCUGUCCACGUCACGUAACAACUUCCUGCUGAACCUCACGCUGCAAGGAGGCCUGCUGUCCCGUCAGUUCAGGGUGGAGUACUGGAAGAAAGGUCGAUUAGCCUGGAGUCACCCUUACUCUCCCCACUGCCACUAUGUAGGACAUCUCCAAGACCAGCCGCACUCCAGCAAAGUGGCCCUGAGCAACUGCAACGGCCUGCAGGGGGUGAUUGUUGCAGGGGGAGAGGAGUACCUGAUUGAACCCCUUGUCUCACCAGAUAACCAGACCAGGACGGAGAGGGGGGAGAGAGCAGAGGGGCGCCCCCAUGUGGUUUACAAGCGGUCAUCGCUCCGCCAUCAGUACAAGGGCCAAUCCUGUGGAGUCAUUGAUGAGAAGCCGAUGAAAGGUGCGUCAUGGUGGCAACGAACACUGAAGACGCCUCCCCACCACGUCGGACGCGGCCAGCUGCCUCUGAAGCGCUCAGUUAGCCGGGAGCGCUACGUGGAGACGCUGGUGGUAGCUGACAAGAUGAUGGUGGGUUACCAUGGUCGCAGGGACAUCGAGCAGUACAUCCUGGCCGUCAUGAAUAUUGUUGCCAAACUGUUCCAGGAUUCUAGCCUGGGGAACGCAGUCAAUAUUGUGGUGACACGGCUCAUCCUGCUCAUGGAAGAUCAGCCAACACUAGAGAUCAACCACCAUGCAGGGAAAUCCCUAGACAGCUUCUGUAAGUGGCAGAAAAACAUCCAGCACCGGAGCAGCUACGGUAACGCCAUACCAGACAACGGGAUCGCUCACCAUGACACCGCUGUGCUCAUCACCAGAUACGACAUCUGCAUCCAAAAGAACAAGCCCUGUGAAACCCUAGGUCUAGCUCCUGUAGGAGGGAUGUGUGAGCCAGAGAGGAGCUGCAGCAUCAAUGAGGACAUCGGCCUGGGAACAGCCUUCACCAUCGCCCACGAGAUAGGACACACGUUUGGGAUGAACCAUGACGGUAUGGGGAACGCCUGCGGGCCCCGCAGCCAGGAGACCGCCAAGCUGAUGGCUGACCACAUCACCAUGAAGACCAACCCGUUCAUCUGGUCCGCAUGUAGCCGUGAUUACAUCACCAGCUUCCUGGACUCAGGUAUGGGCUCCUGUCUGAACAACGUCCCCCCCAAGCAGGAGUUUGUGUACCCCACCACAGCACCGGGUCAGGCCUACGACGCAGACGAACAAUGCCGCUUCCAGUACGGCGUCAGAUCUCGGCAAUGUAAAUAUGCGGAAGUCUGUAGCGAACUUUGGUGUAUGAGCAAGAGCAACCGUUGCAUCACCAGCAGCAUUCCUGCUGCAGAGGGAACCAUCUGUCAGACCAACACCAUAGAGAAAGGGUGGUGCUACAAGAGGAUGUGUGUGGCGUACGGGACUCGUCCGGAGGGCGUAGACGGGGGCUGGGGUCUGUGGUCACCCUGGGAGGAGUGCAGCAGGACCUGUGGAGGGGGUGUCUCCUCGUCUAUCAGACACUGUGACAGCCCCAGGCCAACUAUUGGUGGAAAGUAUUGUCUGGGGGAGAGAAAGCGCUUCAGGUCCUGCAAUAUUGAUGAGUGCCCUGCAGGCUCUCGGGAUUUCCGGGUGAUUCAGUGCUCUGAUUUCGACAGCGUUCCUUUCCGAGGAAAGUUUUACACCUGGAAGCCGUACAGAGGAGGUGGGGUGAAGCCUUGUUCUCUCAACUGCCUGGCAGAAGGAUACAACUUCUACACAGAGCGUGCUCCAGCCGUGGUGGACGGCACGCCUUGCCGAGACGACUCUCUGGAUGUGUGUGUAAACGGAGAGUGUAAGCACGUAGGCUGUGACCGAGUCCUCGGCUCGGACGUUCGCGAGGACCGCUGCCGGAUCUGCGGGGGUGACGGGAGCAGCUGUGUGUCUGUGGAGGGACUCCUCAACGACUCGCUGCCUGAAGGAGGUUAUGAAGAGGUGGUCAGAAUUCCUAAAGGGUCGGUGUUCAUCCACAUACAAGAGCUCAACAUCUCCCUCAACUACCUUGUGCUGAAGAGCAAAGGGGACCAGUACUUCAUCAAUGGGAAGCUGACCAUUGACACGCCGCGCAGGUUCGAUGUCGCCGGUACCAUCUUCUACUACAGGCGGCCCGCGGACGGACCAGAAACUCUUGAAGCUCUGGGGCCAACAAACAUAACCCUGGUUGUCAUGGUGCUGGUGCGGGAAGAGAACCCAGGGAUCCACUAUCGCUUCAACCCCCCAAUGAACAGGGAACCUCUGGCUGGCUUUGCCUGGCACUACACCUCCUGGUCACGCUGCUCAGCUCUCUGCGCUGGAGGUGUGCAGACGCAGCAGGUGGUGUGUAGGAAGCAGGCAGAUCAUUUAGUCGUCUACAACCACUUCUGUGACAAGAAGAGCAGACCCAAAGAGAAAAGAAGGACCUGCAAUACUGAGCCCUGCUCCCCAUCGCCUCUCUAUGCCGCUAGCUGGUGGACAGGAGAUUGGUCGGAGUGCAGUCGCAGCUGUAACGGCGGCCUGCGGUCACGGGAGGUGUUAUGUAAAAGGAGGAUCUCUGUGAUGGAGGAGAAGGUCCUGGACGACUCAGCGUGUACAGCUGCACGCCCUUCUCCCACGGAGCCCUGCAGCAAUCACAGCUGCCCCCCCGAGUGGCUGGCCCUGGACUGGUCAGAGUGUACGCCCAGCUGUGGUCCUGGCUACAGGCACCGUGUGGUCUUGUGUAAGAGCGGGGAGAGCGGUGACAAUCUGCCAGAGUCCAAGUGCCCCAAACAUGGCCGGCCCACCUCCAGGGUGCGCUGUAACCUGCAGCGAUGCCCUCCCCCUCAGUGGGUGACGGGUCCCUGGGGAGAGUGUUCUGCCAGGUGUGGUCUUGGUCAGGAGAUGCGCUCGGUGCAGUGUCUGACCCCCACCGGCCAGCCGUCCAAUGAGUGUCUGGAACAUCAGCGGCCAGCAGCCAUGCAGCAGUGCAAGAGCAAAUGUGACCUCAGUCUGCCCAUCAGUACAGACAACCCUGAAGGCCAAAUGUCGGGAGGAUUUAUGUCAUUCCAUACAAGUCGUAUAAGUCUGAACAAUAAAGAGUGUAAAGAUGUGAACACUGUGGCCUACUGCCCCCUGGUGCUCAGGUUCAAGUUCUGCAGCCGGCCAUAUUUCAGACAAAUGUGCUGCAAGACCUGCCAGGGACACUGACCUGGACAGCAUCCAGUCUCUGGGUCCUGUGCACACUCACAGUAAGCCUGAAACCCUCCCACUGAGCCUUGUAACAGCAGCCCUCACACUGCCUCUAUCAGAGGAGUGUGAGAUCUAACUGGGACGCUGUCGGACUGACACAUGGUCCCGUUACUGUUAAAGAGGGACCUUUAUUUCCAGCCAGAAUCCAGCACAGACCAGACGCCUCUCCGGGCCGAGCUGGGCCAAAACAGCCUGAGCUGAGUUUUACAUUCCACUGGAGGGAGGGCUGCUGAAACCUGGAGAGACAGAGAGAGAGAGAGAGAGGGAGGGAGGGAGUAACUUCCCUCCGUCGUCUGUCUUUCUAAUGAUCCCUCUGUUGUAAUAUUUUGGUGCUACUAUAUUUCUCUUUGGCCGCAGGGCUGGUCGCAGUACUCUCUUAAACCUGUAUGUUAACAGGUGAUAUUUGUUUAGUUAAAAAAAAAAAAAUCCACUUUGUAAAGAAAAUGAUUUUUCCAGAUAUCUUCGCCCAUGAAAAGGAAUAU